UACAGUAGUUUACAUAUGAUCUAAUACUGCCUCACUCGGCAUCAGUUGCAAGUCGGCAGCUUGUUCAGUCUUGAGCACUAGCUAAACAACAAAUUAUAUUAUUAUUACAAUUCGGAGAAAAAUUAUUGGAAGUUCUCUGGACGAAGAAAAUCUACCAAGCACCAAAAAGCAGAUGAGGAAGGUGUAGCCGGACGCGCUCAGUAGGUGUACAUACAAUUGAGGAGAAAAAUACUGAAGCAUUUCCAUGGCCGUGGUGCUUCCCCGCUACAGAUGAUGAGGUGCUGCUGCUGUGGCUGAUGAAUUGAAGCAAAUUAUGGCACCGGCUUCAAACUCCAUCCUCUCCCCACAGGGGGAGGUCAUCACCUCUAUGAACCAUGCCCACCAAAUCCACGCUCACAUCGUCAAGAAUGGCGGCACCCAAUGCAACACACUCCCUCUCACUAAGCUGCUAAGUUUCACUCCACUCUCCAGCUGUGGAGAUAUCCGCUGUACCAACUUGAUCUUCACCUCCAUGAACAGCCCCACCACCUAUCUCUGCAAUGCCAUUAUCAGGGGCUAUGCAGGAAGCACCACCCCGGAGAAAUCCAUCCUUCUCUUCUGCGCCUUGAGGGAACUGGGAGUGAAGCCUGAUCACUUCACCUACACAUUUCUUCUCAAAGCCUGCAGCAGUCUGCGGGCUACUGCUGAAGGGAAGCAGAUCCAUGGGCUCGUCUGCAAGGCUGGUUUGGUCUGUGAUUGCUAUGUUCAGAAUUCUCUGAUACAUAUGUACUGCAGGGGAAGCGAAUUGUCUGCCGCCCGCCAAGUGUUUGCCAAGAUGCCCGAGAGAGAUGUGGUUUCUUGGACGUCAAUGAUGAGUGGCUACGUCGCCAAUGACCGUUCCCUCGAUGCUCUGCUAUUGCUUAAGCAGAUGGAAGCCGAUGGCUUGGUGCCGAACGAGGCAACAGUUUUGGCUGCUCUGAGGGCUUGUGCUGAUUUAGGUGCACUGAGCGUUGGCCGGAAACUCCAUGACUUCAUUCGACGAAAGGGGUUCGACUCCAACGCGAGGGUAGUCACUGCGUUGAUUGAUAUGUAUGCUAAAUGCGGACGGAUAGACUUGGCUUCGGAGGUUUUCGAUGGGUCGCCUCGGGUUGAUGUUUUCUCAUGGACUGCCAUGAUUUCUGGGCUAGCCAUCCAUGGGCUAUGUGAAAGUUCAUUAGAAUGUUUUGCCAGGAUGCAGAGUCUUGAGAUACAGCCAGAUGAGAUGACUCUUACUGCAGUCUUAGCAGCUUGCAGAAAUGCAGGGUGGGUUAGUGAAGGCAUGAAACUUUUUGAAAGUAUGGAGGCAAGUUACGGCGUGAUUCCGACCAUACAGCACUAUGGAUGCAUAGUCGACCUCCUUGCACGAGCUGGGCAGCUUGAAGAAGCUGAGAAGCUAAUUGAAGCCAUGCCCAUGGAGGCAGACGCAGUCCUGUGGCGCACCCUUGUCUGGGGCUGUAGGCUCCAUGGUGAUAUAGCCAGAGGAGAAAGAUUGGUGAAGCAGAAACUUCUGGCUCAUGAAACAGAUGAUAGUGGAAAUUAUGUUCUGCUCUGCAAUCUUUAUGCAUCUGCGAAAAAAUGGCAGGAGAAAGCAAGAGUGCGGAAGCUCAUGAAGGCCCGCAAGAUCGAAAAACCACCAGGAACAAGCAUGAUAGAGGUGAAUGGUACAAUACAUGAGUUUCUAGCUGGUGACUCUGAGCAUCCAGAAGCAGGGAAAAUAUACGCGAAAUGGGAUGACAUUGCAGAGAGGUUGAGAUUAGAAGGUCACCACCCAAAAAUCUCGGAAGUCAUGCUUGAUAUAGAAGAUGAGGGAAAGGUCUUAUCGCUGCACCACCACAGUGAAAAAUUGGCCAUUGCUUUUGGGCUGAUCAAGACCAAUCCGGAUGAAAGAAUUCUCAUUGUGAAGAAUCUGCGAUCUUGUGAAGAUUGCCACAGUUCGAUGAAACUCAUAUCUAAGAUCUAUAGGCGGGAGAUCAUCAUCCGUGAUAGAAUUCGGUUUCACCAUUUCAAGAAUGGUAGCUGCUCCUGUAAAGAUUUCUGGUAACAAGAAAUUUCCUGCCCUGCACAGACCAAUAAGAAGGUUGUAGCAUUUACAGAAGCAGGAAUGCAGGGGGAGAAAUCCGACAUAACACGGUUAAGGAGAAAAAUAGCAUAUUCUUGUCAUGUCAUGCAUAGAAUUAAUUCAUUCCUUGUUGAAAAAGAGGAAAUCUCAAAAAAAAAAAAAUCGUGAUUAAUAACGAGCUUUCAGAAAAAGAACUCGUAACAUUAUUGUGAUUGCAACACUCUUUCUAGUGCUUAUUUAUGCUUCAGUCCCAAAAUUAUUGCCCUUUGCUCGUGCAGAUAC